AAGUUUGCUGAAGUGUAGAUUGAAGACAAAAAUGGCUGCUUCAUCGGCAUGUGUAGUGGGAAAUGGCUUAGGAACUGGUCUGAGCAAGGAAAUAUUCGGCCGGCAGUUUAUCCAAUCCACUAGUCUUCCGGCAUUGAGCAAUGCAUCCAAAUUCGUUACUAUAAGAGCGUCUCAGGAUCGGAAGAUAAAUGAAGGAAGACGAGGCUUUCUCAAGCUGUUGCUCGGCAAUGCUGCUGUUGCAGUGCCUGCAUUGGUAGGCAAUGGCAAAGCAAUUGCAGAUGAUCAAGGUGUUUCUAACUCGAGGAUGUCUUAUUCUAGGUUUUUGGAGUAUCUGGAUCAGGAUAGAGUGCAAAAGGUGGAUGUGUUCGAAAAUGGCACCAUUGCUAUUGUUGAGGCUGUUUCCCCUGAGUUGGGAAACCGGAUUCAGAGAGUGCGUGUGCAGCUCCCAGGCCUCAGCCAGGAGCUUCUGCAGAAGCUGAGGGAGAAGAAUAUUGAUUUUGCUGCACACAAUGCUCAGGAAGAUUCUGGCUCCGUUUUGUUCAACUUGAUCGGGAAUUUGGCCUUCCCAUUGCUUCUAAUUGGUGGGCUUUUCCUUCUGUCGAGACGAAACUCUGGUGGAAUGGGCGGACCUGGUGGCCCGGGUUUCCCUUUGGGCAUUGGUCAGUCAAAGGCUAAAUUCCAAAUGGAACCAAACACUGGGGUGACUUUUGAUGAUGUUGCUGGGGUGGAUGAGGCAAAGCAAGAUUUCGUGGAGGUGGUGGAGUUCUUGAAGAGGCCUGAGAGGUUCACUGCUGUGGGUGCUCGUAUCCCUAAGGGAGUUCUUCUCGUUGGUCCUCCGGGUACGGGGAAGACCUUGCUGGCCAAGGCUAUUGCUGGUGAAGCCGGUGUUCCCUUUUUCUCCAUUUCAGGUUCUGAGUUUGUUGAGAUGUUUGUUGGUGUUGGUGCGUCAAGGGUUCGUGAUCUUUUCAAGAAGGCCAAGGAGAACGCGCCUUGUAUCGUGUUUGUUGAUGAAAUUGAUGCUGUUGGGCGUCAAAGAGGAGCAGGUAUCGGUGGAGGGAACGAUGAAAGGGAACAGACGCUGAACCAGCUGUUGACAGAAAUGGAUGGCUUUGAAGGGAACACCGGUGUGAUUGUAGUUGCAGCAACUAACCGUGCAGAUAUUCUCGACUCUGCCUUGCUACGGCCAGGAAGGUUCGACAGACAGGUCUCUGUUGAUGUCCCUGAUGUUCGUGGAAGAACUGACAUUCUGAAGGUUCAUGCCAGCAACAAAAAGUUCAGUACAGAUGUAUCACUUGAGAUAAUAGCCAUGAGGACACCGGGUUUUAGUGGAGCCGAUCUUGCUAAUCUCUUGAACGAGGCUGCUAUUCUGGCUGGUCGCCGUGGCAAGACAGCAAUCUCGUCCAAAGAAAUCGAUGAUUCGAUUGAUCGGAUAGUUGCUGGAAUGGAGGGAACAGUGAUGACUGAUGGCAAGAGCAAAAGUCUUGUGGCUUACCAUGAAGUAGGUCAUGCCAUUUGUGGAACUCUAACUCCAGGCCACGACGCUGUCCAGAAGGUCACCCUAGUCCCGCGUGGUCAAGCACGUGGUCUGACCUGGUUCAUCCCUUCUGACGAUCCGACCUUGAUAUCCAAGCAGCAGCUGUUCGCCAGAAUUGUUGGUGGACUCGGUGGUAGAGCUGCCGAGGAGGUCAUAUUUGGCGAGGCCGAGGUGACAACUGGUGCAGCCGGUGAUCUACAGCAGAUCACUGGUUUGGCUAAGCAGAUGGUGGUUACCUUUGGCAUGUCCGACAUCGGGCCGUGGUCUCUGAUGGACUCGUCUGCUCAAAGUGGCGACGUGAUCAUGAGAAUGAUGGCAAGGAACUCCAUGUCCGAAAAGCUUGCUGAAGACAUUGAUGUCGCGAUCAAGAAUCUCUCAGACAGCGCAUACGAGAUCGCCCUGAGCCACAUCCGGAACAACCGCGAAGCAAUAGACAAGAUUGUUGAAGUUCUGAUUGAGAAGGAGACGAUCACAGGUGAUGAAUUCAGAGCCCUUCUUUCUGAAUUUGUCGAAAUCCCAGAGGAAAACAGAGUGGCUCCUGCACCUGCUCCAGUAGCUGUUUGAUUUCAUGUUUCAUUAAAUUUGACCCUAUAGCUAUAGCUUACAUGCUAUUUUCCACACAUUGUAUAAUUUCAUAUUUUCACUAUAGUAGAAUUCAGGUAAAUAUUACACCUACAAAUUCCUCUAUCA